CGGAAGUUGUACUAUUUACCUUCCGGUGAUGGAUGUGCCACUCUACUAUGGAGUUGGUGUUAUGCUAGUAGCAACGAAUAAGACCAAAGCUGUAACGUUACGUCCAGAAGACUGUUUGUUUUAUAAAUUAGGGGCAUAAACUAGUCCUGCCGUAGUACAACCUUACAGCCGGUGGUGUUGAGUUUACACUGAGGUACAGGUCAACUCUCAGGCCAAUGGACUAGCUAAUGUUAGCUAACCUAGCUGCCUUCUUGUCGACCCUCGCAGACAGUCUCUGUACUGUCCAACCUCAGAUAGACCUGCUAAUGCUACAUGAGCCAUGGAGGGGCCGUCCUCUCGUUUACCGGCUACCCGAGACGGAGCGCUGUUGCUGGCGGGCAGGAGAGUCUCCGGCGGGGACGGAGAGUGUGAGCGAGACAUGAAGACACACUUUCGUGUCUGUCGCUUCAUCAUUGAGACAGGAGUGAAGCUGGGUAUGCGCUCGGUGCCCGUGGCCACAGCAUGUGUGUUGUACCACCGUUUCUUUGAACGUGUCAGCAUACAUGCGUAUGAACCCUACCUGGUGGCCAUGAGCUGUGUGUACCUGGCUGGCAAGGUGGAGGAGCAGCACAUCAGGACCCGUGACAUCAUCAACGUAAGCCAUAGGUAUUUCAACAGUGGCAGCGCUCCUCUAGAAUGUGACAAGGAGUUCUGGGAUUUGAGGGACAGCGUGGUGCAGUGUGAGCUCCUCAUCCUCCGACAGCUCAACUUCCACGUCUCUUUUGAACACCCUCACAAGUAUUUACUCCACUACCUGUUGUCUGUGAAGUCGCUUGUGAACCGCCAUGCUUGGUCCCGAACCCCUGUCGCUGAGACUUCCUGGGCGUUGCUUAGAGACUGUUACCAUGGAGCCAUGUGCAUCCGCCACACACCGCAACACAUUGCCAUAGCAACACUGCACCUGGCUCUAAACAGCUAUGGAGUAGAGCUGCCUGUCGGGGAGAAAGAGUGGUGGCAGGUGCUGUGUGCCGACGUGACCAAAGCAGACAUCGAUGCUGUGAUCUCUGACCUUCUUCAGCUCUACGACAUGGAAGCCAAGUGUAUCUGAAGGACACACCUAUAUGACUCGUAUAUGGGAAUUGUUUAUAUCAGAUUCCUUUUUUAUAAACAGUUGCCAGUGGUGUGUGUGUGUGUGUGUGUGUGUGUGUGUGUGUGUGUGUGUGUGUGUGUGUGUGUGUGUGUGUGUGUGUGUGUG